UUUUUUAAUUUUGACUUCAGUUAAGUUCCGCUUUAUGAUAACAAUGAUAUCCAAAAGCUUUCUUAGGCACAAUUACCUAGAGGAAUAUUAUUUAGAGGAAAUUUGUAAAAUAAAGAUUUACCGCUUAUCCUGUAAUAUAAAUGUUGGAGUCAGAUAGUUUUAAAACUGAUCGAAAUUGAACCAUCGCGAUACUUCACUCACUUCAUUGGCUUCCACUUUCCAUUUCAAAGCUUGGUAGCCUCCUGGCUACAAGGACAUUGCGUGGCUGGCAUGUUUCCGGUUGCAGGACAGCAUAGCUGUGACAGGAGCCGCUAGUGUGAAGCGCAUUUCAUCUGCAUUGUAUUUAUGUAGAGUGAUUGAUUUAUUGAUACGGCAAACUGGAGAGAACUUACAAUCAGAGAAGUGGUGUAAUGUAAAAGAGGUGGAGAAAGAUAAGGGCGUGGUUGUGCCUCUAUAGCGUAGUGUACGGAGCCGAUGUUGUUGCCUGGUAAAAAGAGAGCGGGAUUACUCUGGUCCAUGCCACCGGCAAUUUCACAAGUGUAUUUCCUCAAAGUCUUAACGUGCAUGUGCCAUGGAAUGACCGGAAAGGCAGACUGUGGCAUAAUUUUUUUGUCCAUUUGAACAACAAAUGUGGAGAGGAUUAUCGAAAGCAGGGAUUUCAAUAUUAUGACAUCCUGGACUAGCCGCGUUCAUCGACGAGCCGAAACCAUGAGGCAGGCAGUCACUAAUUGCGGCCAUUCACAUGAUCCUUAUCCGAAGAGAUUUGAAAAAGUGAAGUUUGGUAUUCCUGUGGAACAAGUGUGCAAAAAUGAUAUUCCAGCUCCUUUACUGGUACUUAUCCUGAAGAUCAAUAAACAAGGUCCGUACAAGAAGGACGUCUUCAGAGCCCCCGGUCAUCAAGGCAACAUCAAAAAGCUGAUACAUUUUUUACAAACUGGCCGGCUUGUCAAUAUAGAGCAUUAUUCCGUAUACACCAUUGCAUCGGUCCUAAAGAAAUUCUUACGAAAGCUUCCGGGUGGUAUCUUUGGCCAGAAUUCUGAAGAGCGGUUAUUUGAUAUCAUACAAAAUGAUAACCCCGAGGAGCAACGAAAACAAAUCCAUGGGGUGAUCGGAGAUUUGUCGAUAUUUGCUCAAAGACUUCUAGUAUUACUGUUCGGCACAUUCCGCGUUAUUGCCAUGCAUGCGGAGAAUGGCGGCCAGUCUGGAAUGUCCGCGGAAGCUUUGGGUGUAAGCGUCGCACCAAGCUUUUUCAUGUCAUGCAUCAGUAACGGCAAGCAGGCAAAAUUGGAGGACAUUCAACGCUAUAAGCUGGCAUCCAGAAUUAUUACCUUCAUGAUCGACAAUUUUGCCACGAAUAAUUUGUUUGGACGAGGCAAUUACGAGUAUUAUGCCCGUAUUACGGGUCGCGUGUUGCGCGUGGACGAGGACUGGAUUUUUGCUUUCGACUAUCCGCAUGACAAACUUAAAUUAGCAACCACCCGCCUUAGUCAACACAAGUUGGCUCACAAGCAUAGUUGGCUGCAAUUAGAGGCACUGAAAUGGGGCAUGGCUGUAACGAACGAAUGUAUAUCUCCAUCCGAAGAAACUGCAGGAAGUAUCCAAACCGAUCUCAGUCCAGUUGAUAUGCGAUAUGCAAAUAUUCCCAAGAUUGUGAUGUCUGCUAGCGACCACGGGAGUUUUGGACAGUGUUCCGGCGUGGCAAUUGCGUAUCCCGAGAAAUGGGACGUGACUAGUGAAGGUGAAACCGACGAAGUGCCUUUGUCGUUUGCCGAACUGAAAGACAUAAAUUGUUACGCAGAAAACACACGGAGUCUCUCCUUUUUACCUAUCGUUCAUGAGCGUCAAGCCGCUCGAAUGCGCACACGCUCCGAAUGGUUCCUAGCGCCCGCGAGGUCCGUAUUUGAUGUGGAUAUUGAGGAAUCCACGAGUGUUCCCGCUUCCAGCUGUGAUGAUAGAAUGCGUGCUAACCGCAGUUCCCUGUCCUUUUCCAGUCAAGAGCAUUCCCGCGAUACUGCUGAAAAUAUCAGCGACCGUGCAUUUUUUGUCGUGGACAACUCACCCUUGGUGGGCCGUCUGACGAAUCUUCCCGCAUCCCGUCAUGAAUCGUUCGGUACCGAGUCCGAGCAGCGCUUCCGUCAUUUGACACUAAACCCAUCUUCGGCUGCUGUUCAACAGAAAUGGACCUGCUGAGCAGCAUGACGGGAUUAUCGCUCAUCUUUUUGUAGCUUUUUUACUGUAUUACGGAAGUUGUUUGGGUCCAAGGGGAACACUUUUGUUGGAUACCCCAGUUGUUGUUGGACGUUCAAGAUGGAAUCCACUCCGAGAUUCAGGCUUUAAGCGAAAUUUUUCGCUAUUGUUAACGGGUUCUUCCUUAUUUGUGGAGCCUUUGUUGAUGCCGGAAUUGAGCUCUGUCAGCUGCCUUUUUGAUUUUGACAUUUUGCCUGACUGACAGGACAAAUUGCCGGUUAAUUCUUCCAUUCCUCUUUGUUGUUUAAAUUUCAACGGCGUUCUUGAAUCUUUUGUUAACUGCAGUAGUUGUUUGGUGAUUUGUACGUACCUAUUUAAAGUAACGGUUAAAUGACCGUAAGGUUGCAGUAUUUCACUAUGGUGUUUUGUAUUGUUUUUACGGUGAUUUUUCGUUUUUCACUUUCUCGCUGAGUUAAAAUGCAUUAGUCAAUUAAACGAAUUGUGACCGAA